CGCACUCGACGUGGCGCGCGCGGCCACGACCCACCUCAGAACCGCGGGUCCUGGCGGCCUGCGCGCUCCCGGGGCUUCCAUUUCCGCGGGUUGCGUCAGUUUCAAAGUAAAAGCGGGUGGUUGAGUAGGGGCUUACAGCAACUGGAGGGCCCCGCGAACCGCAGCGGGGACGGCCGGCAGAAGGAAGGGGUUGGUUUCUGGGCGGCGCCAAGUCUAUGAUGGGGCGCGGUCACGGCCGAGGCUGCCCUGGGAUUACCAGGCGGCCACGUCCCUCUCUGGGUGUGUAGUGCUUGGGACCUCUAGACAUGUCCGAGGUGAAGAGUCGGAAGAAGUCGGGACCCAAGGGAGCCCCAGCGGAGCCUGGGAAGCGGAGUGAGGGCGGAAAGAGCCCGGAGGUCCGGGGCGGCGGAGGGGGGUGCUGGGCGGACCCCCGGACGGGCCUGAGCCUGCUGUCGCUGGGGACGUGCCUGGGCCUGGCCUGGUUUGUAUUUCAACAGUCAGAAAAGUUUGCAAAAGUGGAAAACCAAUACCAGUUACUGAAAAUAAAAACCAACGAGUUCCAAGAACUUCAAAGUAAAAUCACCUUAAUUUCAGAAAAGCUUGAGUCCACUGACAGUAUCCUGCAGGAAGCUACAUCAUCCAUGUCUUUGACGAGCCAGUUUGAGCAGGAAGUAUCCAGCCUCCAAAGUAUCCUUCAUGACAUUCAAAAUAGUGAAGAGAUGCUCACUCAAAAGAUGCAAAACCUUAGUGAGAAAUUACAGAAUAUCACGGGCUCGUGGAAGAGAAGCCUAGAAGAAAUGAACGUUAAUACAGACGUUUUCAAAUCAGAAGCAAAACACAUACAUUCUCAAGUUACUGCCCAAAUAAAUGUAGCAGAGCAAGAAAUAAAAUUGCUCACAGAGCGGCUAAAAGAUUUGGAAGAUAGCACACUAAGAAAUAUUAGAACCGUAAAAAGACAAGAAGACGAAGAUCUCCUGCGAGUAGAGGAGAAGCUGGGCUCUGAUACAAAAGCAGUUGAAAAGUUAGAAGAGGAGUGGCACGCCCUCUUUGCCAGAGGGGAAGAUCUGACCAACAAACUUUCCAACUACGAACCCAAAGUUGAAGAAUGCAAGACGCAUUUGCCAACAAUUGAAAGUGCUGUUCGCUCUGUUCUCAAAGUCUCUCAGGAUCUCCUAACAACAGAAAAGAAAAUGGAAGACUUGACUAUGCAGAUGUUUAAUAUGGAGGAUGAUAUGCUGAGAACAGUGUCUGAAAUAAUGGAGAUGCAGAAAGUUCUCGAAGGAAUUCAGUAUGAUAACAGCAUAUUAAAGAUACAAAAUGAACUGAAUGUUCUCAAAGGAAAAGUUCAUGAUUUUGUAGUAUAUUCAAGUAUAAGAGAAAAGGGAACUUUAGAAGAAUAUAGUCUAGAAAAUAAAGGAAUUGAUGGUGAUUUUUAAAUUCACUGCAUUUAUUCUGAUGAACCAUAUUACUAUGUAUAAAUUGAUUUGUUCCACGGUUUUGAGUGACUUUGGUACGUCUUGCUUUUUCCUGUAUUAUUGGGAAAUAAAUGAGUAAGCCACACAAAUGGAUUAUCCAUAUAAUCAUAACUUAUCUUUUUAAACACUAAAACAUUAUGCCAUUUAACUAUUCUAAAUAGAAACAGUUCUAAAACAUGUUUCUCUACUUUUUAGAGCAAGAUACUUAAUAAUUUUAAAUAUUCUUCUAAUUCAUGGGCAUCAUUAUGAAUUUCAACUGUUAUAUUGGAUCCAACUAUAUUGAUGUGUGUAGGAGCUACUGAAGAGUGUUUACCACUUCGUUAAAUGGCCCCAGUUUGCUGUUUUUCUUUUUUUUUUUUUUUUUUUUUGUAGAGACAGAGUCUCACUGUACCGCCCUCCGGUAGAGUGCCGUGGCGUCACACGGCUCACAGCAACCUCUAACUCUCGGGCUUAUGCGAUUCUCUUGCCUCAGCCUCCCAAGUAGCUGGGACUACAGGCGCCCGCCACAACGCCCAGCUAUUUUUUUGUUGCAGUUUGGCCGGGGCUGGGUUUGAACCCGCCACCCUCGGCAUAUGGGGCUGGCGCCCUACUCACUGAGCCACAGGCGCCGCCCCUAGUUUGCUGUUUUUCAAACCUUUGCUUCGUGUACAUUUUCUGCCACCAUAUGUUAAGGUCAAGUUUGUUGGUAAGAUCAGCUGAGGUGGUUGCCUCAGUUCUUCACUUUCCUUUGUAAUUUACUGCAGGUUAAGAAUCCACACAGCCAAGUUCAUAGGAAUUUUUGUCUAAAAGAUAAACAUGCUGGAGAGGCUCAGGCCUUUGCUAUGAAUUAAUAUGCACUUUCUGAAAGCUAUGAAACCUGGGAACUGUUUUAUUUUUUGUUAAGGUUCUGAACUGUGUUACAGAUACUUGGGAGAAUUUUAAAAUACAAGUAAAUAUAUUCUAAUUUAAGGCCUUUCCUAUGAAUUAUGCAUGUAUGCUUUGAAGUAUGAACCUUUAAAAUAUUUUUGUGUGUGUACUGGGCUUCUUUUUUGGAGAGGGUAAGAUUCUGUGUUUACACUCUUUGAGUUUGCUAGAUACAUGAUCUCUAGAUAACUAGUCUACAUACAGUAAAAAAUGCACCAAUAAGCCUGUGGCCUAUUUUUUUUUUUAAGACAGAGUCUCAAGCUGUCACCCUCAAUAGAGUGCUAUAAUGUCACAGCUCACAGCAACCACAAACUCUUGGGCUUAAGUGAUUCUCUUGCCUCAGCCUCCCAAGUAGCUGGGACUACAGGCGCCUGCCACAAUGCCUGGCUAUUUUGUUGUUGUUGUUGUAGUUGUCAUUGUUGUUUAGCAGGCCCUGGCCCUUGCCUGGUUUGAACCCACCAGCCCUGGUGCAUGUGGCUGGUGCCCUAAUCAGUGAGCAAUGGGUGCCAAGCCAGCCUAUUUUAAGGAGGAAAGAGUAACAUAAUGAUAAAUUAUAAUAAUUAUGAUAAUUAAAAGUACAUCAUUUUAAAGGUUUCUUAAAGUACUGAAAUAAAUUUGUUUUACAUAUUAUUUUAUUUUAUUCAAAAUAAUAUGAUGCAGUAGACUGCAUAUGGAAGUUCUUUUCUUACCUGCCAAUAAGCAUCCCAGUUUUAGAAUUCAGUUUCAAUGGAAUUAAACACAAAGAACUUGAAAGUAGUCACAAAAGAUAGUCAGAGUCAGGCAGUUUUAUUUUGUAAAUUUGCAAGUUUUUGGAGAAAUUCCAAACAACUUCUACAUUGGAGUUAAGAGUGUGUAUGACAGCCACGAGUCAUAAAAAUAAGCCUGAAAAGUGCUACUAUUAAGGAAAUAGCAUUAAUUUUUGUAAUCUUGGCAUUAAAUUUCUUGACUUCUGAAUGUGUAAGUUCUUAUCUGUGUGCACUGACAAAAUUCUAUUUGUUCACUUUUAUUUGAAUGCUAAUAAAAUAGAUUAUAAAG